GAUAUUAUAUAAUACAAUGGUAUAGACAAAUAUUUUACAUGUUUUACUAAAAUGACAAGUAAUUUAAAUGUUUCUGAUUUUUAUGAGCAUGAGGAUCGCUCCUUGGAAUAUGUUUUGGAAAAUAUUCUUAGCGAUCAAAGCAAUGAUGGCAGUGACAACGAGUUUCAGCAUUUACAAAUGGAAUUUAAUUCCAUUCUUCUGAAUGGGUGUGAUUGCAAUGUUUCUCAAUUUGGUUGCCUUGAAUGUCAUGGCAGGAACUAUAAAUGGCUUCCAGAAACAGGGGAAUUGGUUUUAGAUACAGACAAUAGUGGAGAUCUUAUUUACGAGUGUAGUUCGUCAUGUAAAUGUGAACCCUCGAAAUGUACUAAUCGACUUGUUCAGAAGGGGCCUAGGGCUAAACUGAAAGUAGUCCAUUCAAAUUUAUUUAAAUCCAAAGGAUUAUUUUCAGGUGAUCAUAUACCUAAAGGAGGGUUUAUUUGUGAAUAUGCAGGAGAAAUUAUUUCCCGUAAACAAGCCCAUAAUCGUUUAAAGAAUUAUGAACAAAAUGUAAAUAACUACAUUUUGUUUAUGAUUGAAAGAAUCAAGGAGGGGCAUGAUAAAUCUUCCACUACAACAAUUAUUGACCCAACCAAAAGGGGAAAUAUUGGCCGAUACUUAAAUCAUAGCUGUAAUCCGAAUUGUGAGGUACGUUCAGUUCGGAUUGAUUGCCCCAUUCCAAAAAUUGCCAUAUUCGCAAAGCGAGACAUAAGCCCUGGAGAAGAGCUCUGUUUCCAUUAUAACGAGGGAAACGAAGUUGUGUUAGCAAGACAACGACGUAUCUGCUUGUGUGGAAGUGGUAAUUGCACAGGAUAUAUGCCCUAUACUUCAGAUUAAGGAUAUUAAUAUACUUAUGUUAAUAACUGGAUGUAGCAAUAUAGCUUUUUCUAAAAUAAAUAUUUGCAAAAAGUUUA